CUAAAGCCGAUGGGGAUUUCCAAGUAUAGACUUUCAAACCGACGCCCCUACACCGCGGGCAACCCGAGCGCCACUGUUUACUUGUGGCGCCGCAACACAACACGACAGCGUGACUUAACCUCAAAAUAGUCGCUCUCCGCACGCACGCAACGACGCAACCGAAUGGAGAAAAAUUCGGUCUCUCCGCGUUUUUUAUGUUCGUCGGCGAUUCAUUUACUGGAAGACGGCAUUUGACGAUGAAUCGCGAUGAGUGACAUCAGUGAUCAAAGUGACAAGGAGAGCUAUGGCGACAAGGACGAGGAUUUCAACGUUGAGGACUACCAGGAUGAUAUCGAGAGCGACGAGUCCUUUAAUGACAUCGUGAACGACGACAAUAAAAAUAGCGAGGAUGAGGAGCAGUCCGCAGGUGGCUCGCCAGACAAAGUCAACGACGAGUUCAUCGGGACAGUUCUGCCAGGGGGUCACAAGUUUAACAAGAAGCUGCUGUGCGUUAGGUAUCCUGGAAAUGUCAUAAAUCCGGACAAGGCAGUAGAGACACUGGGUGGCAUAACUGAAAUUUCAGAGACAGUUAAUGCCAGCAACAGAAGAAUGGAGCUGAGAUUCAGACCCGAUGACGGCUACUGCAAGCCUGCUUGUGGUGAUAGGCACCAGACAGCAGGAUUUUUAUUGAGGAUUAGGAUUAAAAAAUCUAGAAGAAAAAAUUUAGAAAAAGCACAAGUAGAUGGUAAGUUAGAGAAAGAGCCAAAUGCCAAGGUUGCAAAUGGACAUGAUUCUAGUCAAAGUGACAAAAACGAAAAGAGUACAAAUAGCCCAGAAGAGGAAAUUGUCAAAAAUUUGACAGACCAAAUUACAAAUGUUUCUGCCAAGCAAGAGAACCAACAAGAGCCAACAACCAAUCAUAAUGACAAUGAUGACAAAAACAAAUCACCAACUUUUGAACGCAAUAAGUACGAAAACUUGGCAGAUGAUAAGGAUUACGAGUUACCAAAGUUGAAAGUAUUAGGAAGAGUAGAUACUGAGUUUAGGUUUACAAACCUAUGUGACUUCCAGUAUUUGCCAAUCACAAAGAACAAGGAUGAUCCCACCAAGGACGAGUGCGUCUAUGACUCGAUCUACCCAGUAGGUCUUCCUUCCUACAGCUGGAUGAAGAAGGACGUGCCUUACUUUUUACCCCCAGCGGCAUUCAGCCGAAUGGACAGCGUGCAACAAUACGUCCCGAAGACCGAGAUCUCGAAUAAUGGCGCACACUACGUCAUAGGAAAGACGAGAAAGCGCAGGGCCGGCUUGUCAAACUUCAUCAACUUCAACACUCCGAUUGUUCCCAAGAGUGCGCCAAAGGGCAUCGAGACUGCGCUGAAGGUAAAGUUCUUAGGAUCGACUCACGUGGAGAAGAUGCGUAAGGUCUUCGAGGAGCGUCCAAUUUGGUCUAAAACUGCGCUGAUGUACGUCACGAAAUUUUCCAACGAGCAAUUAAAGGUUCUGUUGCCAUCCGUGGCAUACUAUUUUAUGACCGGACCUUGGCGUAUCACCUGGGUGAGACUAGGUUACGACCCGAGGAAGGAGCCAGAGGCUAGGAUAUAUCAGACUCUGGAUUACAGAUUGAAAGCUAUGCAUGGUUUGCACUCGAGCAUCACUUGUAAGAGGAAUUACUCAGAGUACACUUUACCUUACAAAAAUACUCCGAGUUCAAAGGCCAAGGAGAUUGUUUUAAUGCCGAAUACGAGCGAGCUGCAAGGUCAGAAGAAAGUUAAAGAGAUCGACGAGAACGUUUAUAUCUAUAAACCAGGCACUAUUCCACCAUCUAGGCAGAUGUUUUAUCAGUACUGCGACGUGCACGUGCUGGAAAUUCAAGACAUGUUGAAGAAGUGCGCGGGUCCCCCACCUGGAACACCGUGUCACGAAAAACUCGGUUGGCUGCCCGGCGGUUUCGACGACAUGUGCAGAGAAAUCAUCAACAAGCAAGUGCGAAUGGAACUCCGCAAGUUGAUGAACAUACCGGAAAACCAUCCGACGAAAUUACCGCGUAAGAGGAAAAUGGAGGGCCCCACCGGGAAGGUACAGAAGCGCAAAGCAUAUAAAAGGAAGAAGGAGAAGUCAGAGAAGCCAGAGGAAAGGCAACCUCCAGCAAUGUCGAUCCUCGAUGAGGAUGACAUGAUGCAGUCGGACGAGGAUGAGUGGGAAGACGACCUGGACGGUCCCGCAGUGAGUGCCAGCGAAAACGAGAACGAUAUCGAUGACGAACUCGAGAAGGAAAUGGAUAAUGAGAUUGAGAAUGCCCAAGAGAUAUUUAACGAACAGGACAAUGACAAUGACAAUGACAAUGACAAUGACAAUGACAAUGACAAUGACAAUGAAGACGAUAACACAAAUUAGAGCUGAUCUUGAGCUGUACACUGUGUGUAUAUUUUUAAAGAAGAGGUUUUUUACAGAAUGUUUUGUACGAGAUCGUAAGUUGUUUAAUGUUUCCAUUGUGAAAUUUAUUUAUAAGUCUUUUUGGAUAAAAGCUUUUUUAUGAAAAACUCAA